AUGGCCAUCACCAACCUUGGGUUCGCUGCCAUGCUGGUGAUACUACUGCAAGUGUCCACGUUAUGCGCCGUGGCACAGCACCACGGCGUGAUGACGCUGAACGGGUUCGAGAAAGGCCAGGACGGCGGUGGGCCGUCGGAGUGCGACGGCAAGUACCACAGCAACAAGGAAAUGAUCGUGGCGCUGUCCACCCGCUGGUACGGCGGCGGCCGCCGGUGCCAGAAGAUGAUCCGCAUCACCAGCGAGCACAACGGGCGCACCGCACAGGCAAAGGUGGUGGACGAGUGCGACUCCAGCAACGGAUGCAAGGACAGCAUCGUCGACGCCUCCGCCGCCGUGUGGAAGGCGCUCGGGCUCAACACCGACAUCGGCGAGGCUCCCGUCACCUGGACCGACGCCUGA